CGGACUCUGGCCUGGUUGUCAUAAAGUCUCAGAGUCAAGCAGACUGGACUCAGUGAGACAUGAGGACACAUGAUCAUCAGCAGCAUCAAAGCUUCACCAUGUGACCCCCCUCCUGGCGCCACCAUGGAGGACUUCCUACCUGGUCCCCACAACGUGUCCUGGUCCAACUGCACCAAUGCCACCAGGGCCAACCCGUUGAAACGCAACGACGAGGUGGCCAAAGCCGAGGUGGCCGUGCUGGUUCUGGUCCUCCUGCUGGCCCUGGGCGGCAACCUGAGCGUCCUGUGGGCCGUGCACGCCGCCAAACAGCGGCAGUCUCGGAUGCUCUACUUCAUGUGGCAUCUGAGCAUCGCCGACUUGGUGGUGGCGGUCUUCCAGGUGCUCCCACAGCUCAUUUGGGACAUCACGUUCAGGUUCUACGGGCCCGACGUGCUGUGCCGGCUGAUUAAGUACUCCCAGGUGGUGGGCAUGUUUGCGUCCACCUACAUGCUGGUGCUGAUGUCCAUCGACAGGUGCUUGGCCAUUUGUCAGCCGCUCAGACCGGCGCACACCACAAGGGACCGCAUAUGCGUGGGCAUGUCCUGGCUGCUCAGUCUCAUCUUCAGCACGCCUCAGGCGUACAUCUUCUCCCUGCAGGACGUCGGGGACGGCGUGUACGACUGCUGGGGGGACUUUGUGCAGCCGUGGGGGGCCAAGGCCUACGUGACCUGGAUGAGCCUGAGCAUCUACAUCCUCCCUAUGGGCGUCCUCAGCGUCUGCUACGGUCUGAUUUGCCUGAAAAUAUGGCAGAACUUCAACCUCAAGACCAGGAGGGAGCACUUCCUGGCUCGGGCCCCCAAGGGCGCGCACCACCUGUGUCGGGUGAGCAGCGUCAGGCUCAUCUCCAAGGCCAAGAUACGCACUGUCAAGAUGACUUUUGUGGUGGUGCUGGCCUACGUCCUGUGCUGGACUCCUUUUUUCUUUGUCCAGAUGUGGUCUGCCUGGGACCCUGCAGCUCCCAGAGAAGACGCAGCCUUCAUCAUCGCCAUGUUGCUGGCCAGUCUGAACAGCUGCUGCAACCCUUGGAUCUACAUGUUCUUCGCGGGUCACAUGUUCCAGGGCGUGACGCGGGGCUUCGUCUUCUGCUGCUGCUCUUGCAGCCGCUUCCUGUCCGCCUCUUCAGGCAGCCGCCAUCACAACAUCAACACCAGCAGCAAACAGAGGAGCUCGGCACACACAUCCAGCACACACACGGACGCAACAUAACAAAUAUUCUCCCAUCAUUUUUCAUAUGAUAUGAAUGCCAAGACAAGUUUCAAAAUAAUAGAAAUAUGAAAAAUGAUUAUUAUUGCUGUAAAUUGAUCAUGGUUACAGUAUAACACACAUGAAGUCCUACAAGAUGCAAUAGACAGUAAAUUACUGAGAGGUGUCCCUAUUAAUGUGCCCAUCUCCCUGGGACAAAGUAAAAAAAAACUCCCCUUAUGAAUCAGUACCUCCAAGUCCGAGUCCAUGGUUCUCGUCCGGAAAAGGGAGGAGAUCUUGUUCAAGUACCUCGGAGUCUUGUUCAUGAGUGAGGGAAGAGUGGAUCAUGAGAUCGACAGGAGGAAUCGGUACGGCGUCUUCAAUAAUCCGGACGCCAUAUCGAUCCGUUGUGGUGAAAAAGGAGCUGAGCCGGAAGGCAAAGCUCUCAAUUUACCGGUCCAUCUACGUUCCCAUCCUCACCUAUGGUGGUGAGCUGUGGAUUAUGACCGAAAGGACAAGAUCCCGGGUACAAGCGGUCGAAAUGAGUUUCCUCUGCCGGGUGGCGGGGCUCUCCCUUAGAGAUAGGGUGAGAAGCUCUGUCAUCCGGGAGGAGCUCGAAAUAAAGCCACUGCUCCUCCACAUCGAGAGGAGCCAGAUGAGGUGGUUCAGGCAUCUGGUCAGGAUGCCACCCUAACACCUCCCUAGGGAGGUGUUUAAGGCAUGUCCGACCGGUAGGAGGCCACGGGGAAGACCCAGGACACGUUGGGAAGACUAUGUCUCCCAGCUGGUCUGGGAACGCCUCAGGAUCCCCCAGGAAGAGCUGGACCAAGUGGCUGGGGAGAGGGAAGUCUGGGCUUUUCUGCUUAGGCUGCUGCCCCCAGGGCCCCGACCUCAGAUAAGCGGAAGAAGAUGGAUGGAUUGAUCUAAAGUUUGCCGACUUCAUUCUCUUUCUGUAUGACAGAUAUUCCUAUUAUUUAUGCAAUAAAAAAUGUAAACAAUUGAUCAUUACAUUGUUGGUUGUUUUGAA